UCAGAAGUCAUUUAAAGUUUUGCAGAGAAGCAAACACUUACUUCCAAGCCCACGAAGUCAACUAAAGGAGAGAAAAAUGGUGUCUAUGUGCCGACAGAUGCUAGGCCUGUCCCUGGCCAUCAUUGGUUUCUUGGGAGCGAUUGUGAUCUGCGCCCUUCCCAUGUGGAAGAUGACCGCGUUUAUUGGAGCCAACAUCGUGACGGCGCAGAUCAUCUGGGAAGGCUUGUGGAUGAACUGUGUGGUCCAAAGUACGGGACAGAUGCAGUGCAAAAUCUACGACUCGCUCUUGGCUUUACCUCAGGACCUGCAGGCUGCUCGGGCUCUUGUGGUCAUCGCCAUCAUCAUCUGCCUCUUUGGGAUCAUCCUGGGGCUCGCCGGUGGAAAAUGCACCAACUUUGUCGAAAAGGAGGAAUCCAAGGCAAAGGUGGCUAUCGCCAGUGGUGUGAUCUUCAUCGUCGCUGGAGUGCUGGUCCUGGUCCCCGUCUGUUGGUCAGCUAACACCAUCAUCAGGGAUUUCUACAAUCCCCUUCUCACAGAUGCCCAAAGGAGGGAGCUCGGGGCUUCUCUCUACAUCGGAUGGGGUGCUGCCGCUCUGCUGAUCCUGGGAGGAGGUAUUCUGUGCAGCUCUUGCCCACCUAAAGAGGACAACUACAACAUCAAGUACUCUCAGCCACGGUCCACUGCCACCAGCAGAGCCUACGUCUGAAAGUAAUCAAGCAUGCAAAAACUUUUUACUUACCUUUAUCGUAAAACCUCUUUAUUCCCGCAACUGGGUUUUUUUUUCGAGAAACUGAAGAAAGGACAGUAUCUGAUAUGGCGUAGUGUAUUUUGCGCUGGGAUUUUACAGAUCACUGAAAGAGAAAGUAUGCAUUUAUGAUGUGAUGAGAGGAAUCUAACUCAGGGAAGCGACAGAGAUCUGAAAUGUUAAUUAUGUUUUUAAUAUAUAUAUAUAUAUAUAUAUAUAUAUAUAUAUAUAUAUAUAUAUAUAUAUAUAUAAAACAAGCUAUUCUUGUAACUUAUGUUGAAUGUGACAAUAUGACUAGUACCAUUAAUCAUUACAGACUGGUAAUAAAUUACAAUGGCUAUGGUUUUAUAAAAUGUACAUUAACCUUUUAAGCUUUUUCUAAACAUUAAUUAGCAUUUUUGCACAAUUUUGCCUUAAUCAGUGAAUUUGUCUUACUGUUUGUUUAUUAAAAUAAAUGCUUCUGUAAAACAAUUUAUUAUACUGCAUUGACAUCAUUUCAUUGUAAUAGUUUGAUAGUACUGAAUAUUCUCACGUCAAAGAAAAUCAUCAGAUCAUGCUGAAACUGUUGAAAAUGGUUGGCAAAAGCCUCCUGUAAAACCGGUUUCUUGCAAUGUUGUUAAACCAAAAAAUGUUGUUACUGAAAAAAUAAACGACUAUCAGACAUGUUUAA